AUUUAAGUUUACCAUUUACGCAUCUCGUCCGUUUAUGCUACAUAUCAGUUUUAUUUAUUGUCUAUGUAUAAAAUGGCGGCUGAUGAAAGUGACAGAGAUCUAAAGCCAUCCAGUGUUGCGAUCAUAAGAGAAGUUUAUGAUAGUGAAAAUGCUCACAUUAAAUUUGAAAUGGAAUUGGAAAGAGCACUGGAGGCCGGCGUUAGCGUUAUUGUAAUUGAGCCAGAACCACUUGGAGAAGAAACAGCUCGGUGGAUUUAUGUAGGGAACCUCUUGCAUAAGGUUUCUGUUUACAGUGGACUCUGUGGCAUUGCAUCAGGUCUGGCAUGGAGUUCACUCGCCUGUGCUCCUUUCGGCAUUGUUUCUGUUCUUUGUGCUGGUUGUUACACACUAUCCUGGCAGUGGGAUCCAUGCUGCAAAUAUCAAGAAGAAAAGGACCGUCGGCAUUUGUCAACAUUACCCAUGUUAAGUGAUCUAACGUCUGCAUCACCUGUUGUACUUGUACACACAGACAAUAAGAGAAAAAUAACGUUACAUACCACUGUGUCUGUAACUGCUGCCACAAUAUGCUUAUGGAGACUGUAUAACAUUUUUAAAUAAUAUAGUCUGCAGCUAGCAUUGCAUUGGCAUUAAGCUUAAAUUAGGAAGUUGCAUAAUGCUCUAUCGAAAAGCAUAAAAACUAUUAUUUCUUUCUAAAUAAGUUGUUUUUAUGAAGUCUACUAAUGUAAUUAUAUAAUUUGUUGUAGGAUGCAGUGUAAAAAUGUUAUAAAGUUAAUGGUAGAAUUAGUUUAAAAUGCCUGUACAAAAGAUAUUUUCUUGUAAUAUAAGGAUGCUUUUUAGUUAAUCAAAUGUGAUAGUGGUUUAUUGGAGGAUUUUGUUACAAAGCUAAGUUAACAGUGAUUGCUGAAAUAAAAUAUCCUCACUGUUAUCAUAAAAAUAUAAUAAAAAUGCAGUUUGAAA